AGGGAGGGGGGGAGGGAGAGUCCCCGUCCGCGGCGGCCAGAGGGCUCGGAGGUGACCGGUGGCGCCCUUUGCUCCGAUGGGCUCGGCUGCCGGUUGCCCUUUCUAAGCCGGGAAGGCCGCCCCCGCGAUGGGCAACUGCGUGAAGUCCCCCCUGAGAAGCCUCUCGCGGAAGAAGAUCCACCAUGAGGAGAAGGCAUGCUAUAAGGCUGUCCAGAUGAGUGAGGAGGGGCCGUCAGCCUGCGAGCGCCAGGGCUCGCUCAUGGUGCUGGCCCAGAACUGCGCUGUGAUGCACAACCUGCUGGGGCCAGCCUGCAUCUUCCUGAGGAAGGGAUUCGCAGAAAACAGGCAGCCGGACAGAGAACUGCGUCCAGAAGAAAUAGAAGAGCUGAGAGAGGCCUUCAGGGAGUUUGACCGAGACCGGGACGGCUACAUCAACUGCAGAGACUUGGGCAACUGCAUGCGGACCAUGGGUUACAUGCCGACCGAGAUGGAGCUGAUCGAGCUCUCCCAGCAGAUCAACAUGAACCUGGGCGGCCAUGUAGAUUUUGAUGACUUUGUGGAACUGAUGGGACCCAAGCUUCUGGCAGAGACAGCUGAUAUGAUUGGGGUCAAGGAGCUGCGGGACGCUUUCAGGGAGUUUGAUACCAAUGGGGAUGGAGAAAUCAGUACCAGUGAACUACGAGAAGCAAUGAAGAAGCUCCUCGGGCAGCAAGUGGGACACCGAGAUAUAGAGGACAUCAUACGAGAUGUCGACCUGAACGGAGAUGGGCGAGUGGACUUUGAAGAGUUUGUCAGGAUGAUGUCUCGCUGAAGGUGGUUCUUGAGCUGAACAGUGAACCAGCACUGGAGGGAAGAAAAGGGCCUGGGUGGCACGCCAUGCCCUGAGCUCCUAUGCAACGCUGGCUGCCCCACCGACGGUGCCACAGUGGCCUGCCUCACUAAUCCAACUGGCCUGACGCUCCUUCCCCACCACACUGUGAAAGAUGCACGUCCUCCUGCGCCAGAGGCGCCCCCGGGGGAGGCAACCUCAGGGCGGCAGCGGUGCGCCCAAAGCAGCCGCAGAGUGCAGGAUGGUGACAUCUUCUCUUCCACCUCCUUGCCUGCUUUUGCUCUUCCAGCAAGCCCUGCGCAGCAAUGAGAAAGAGGGGCUCCCUUGAAGCAGGGGCCACGCAGGACCAGUGCCUGACCUGGACCAUGCUCUGCACGUCUUUUCCUUGGCGAAAGAGCCUUGUGCGAAUGCCUCCAUUUUUUUGUCUCCUCUGUAUCGCAGUGCUGAUUUAUGCCUCCUGGAAUGUUCUCCUGUCUCCCUACCGUCAUGUUAAGAAGUACCAAUAUAUGUUUGCGCAGAAAAACAAAGAAAUAAUACGAAGCCUAUACUCUCAA